AUGUCUUGGCCGUUUAAAACACUUAAAGUGCUUUAUCCUUUCCAAGCAUUAUUUUCUCUUUUAGUGAUUUCACUUCUUAGCGGCUGGGUUUCGAUCACAAAAUCCUAUAUCUACGACUACGAAUCUUCUCUUAAAAAACCCAUAUCACUAGGUUUACCUGGAGAUGCAUACACGAGCUUCGUGCUUGCUUUCAUUUCUUUCAUAAUCGCUGGGGUAUUAUGCAUUCCCAAUGUCAUGCGUAAAUUUGGCUACACUUUAUACAUAUUUUUCGCGGACCUCCUAUUGGCGUCUUUGUGGCUAUCAAAUGCAAUUUAUAUUUCAGUAAAAGCAAAUAGUGGAUCGAUUAUUGAUUCAGUGAAUGUAAUAACGGCAAAUGUGGGUUCAUCAGUGAACUCUUUCUCACUUGAUCAGCAACAACAAGAAAUGGCCUCCAACUUAGGACGCGCUAUACUGUCGUUUGAAUGGAUAAACUUUGUUUUAUGGUCCGCCACGACCAUUAUAUUAUAUCACGUUCGUUCGCGUCGUUGGUUAAACAGAAACGAUGAUAACAGGCGAAUCACCAUCUGCAGUAGUUACCAUGUUGAUUUGAAUAGUGAUGAUCAAGAUGCAAAAAUGCUAACCACCCCAAAGAUAAUUAAGAAAAUUGAUGACAUGCUUAAAAAUCCUCAAUCAGUCAAACAAUCAAAACGAUCCGUUGGCUCGGAUCGUAUAUUUAACAUGCAAUGGACUCGAACUUUGGAAAAACGAAAGUCUACUUAUCAUGAAUCUUUGUACUUUCAGAAGCGCAAGAUAACGGGAGCACUGAUUAUGUACAGAGAUUAA